UAGUUGAUCGUUAUAUAUAAAAAAUAUCACCCCAUGCAAAGGGCUAUUCAUAAAUCAAUUAAACCAAAAAUCAUCAAAUGGCCAUCAUACCACUACUUGCCAUUUUGCUACUAAUUCUCCUCUCCUUCAUAUUCCUCCUAUGGCGGCCUUCCAUAACUAGUCGUAUUAUUAGGAACAACUCGAAUGGCCGCUGCUAGGCAUGCUUCCCGGCCUCCUUUGGAACGUGUGGGCCGACGAUCUCCAUGGCUACAUCACUAGAACCCUCAAAGAAAACGGCGGCACGAUCGUGUUCAAAGGCCCGUGGUUCGCCGAGAUGGACUUCAUCGUCACCUGCGAUGCGAUCCCAUCAACGCCCACCACAUCUUCAGCAAGAGCCAUGUUCGAGGUCCUGGGAGACGGCAUCUAUCUUCAACGUGGACGGCGAGUCGUGGAAGUUCCAGCGCCAGAUGCUCCAUUCCAUCCUCAACAACGAGGAAUUGCAGAACCACAUGAUGACAACCCUCAAGCUGAAGAUGGAGAGCACCUUGUUCCGAAUUCUCGACGAUUAUUGUUCAUCCAGAACCGGAGCUGAGGUGGACAUGCAGGACGUGGCAAAGAUGUUCAUGUUCGACAACAUUUGCCUCUGGGUUUUAGGGUUUGAUCCAGGUUACCUCUGUGUGGAUGGGCGUUCAAAAAAUUUCUCUUGUGGGAAAGCAUUCGAGGAAAUCGAGGAGGGAAUCAUAUACCGACAUAUAGUGCCCAAAGGUGUCUGGGAGUUCCAGAAAAGGUUUGAGAUUGGUUCGGAGAAGAAGAUAAGUCUAAGUACGAAGGUGUUGGAUGAGUUCUUAUACAAUGCCGUCAAGAUCAAGAAACAAGAGAUGAUGCACAAAGACGAGCAAAGACAACAUCAUGACAUGCUAACACAAUGGUUGGUGGCUGACCAUCAAAGCCCAGACAAGUUUCUAAGAGACAUCGCGUUUACACUAAUUUCAGCUGGGAGGGACACCCUAUCUUCCACUCUGUCUUUGUUGCUCUGGUUGGUCGCGACCCACCCUGACGUUGAGGGAAAGAUUCUUGGGGAGAUCGAACGUGUAAUGGCAGUCAUGACUAGGACUGUUAGAGGGACUUCGAGGUUUCUGAUUUGCAAGGAUGAUUUAAAUGAGUUAGUGUACCUUCAUGCCGCAAUUUACGAGACAUUGAGGUUGUACCCACCAUUGCCAUUCGAGCACCGAUGCGCCACUGAAGCUGACGUGCUCCCUAGCGGCCACAAAGUUCAUAAGGGAAUGAGGAUGUUGUUCUCCAUGUACUCCAUGGGGAGGAUGGAAGAGACAUGGGGGAAAGAUUGCAUGGAUUUCAAGCCCGAAAGAUGGAUUUCAGAUGAAGGAAACAUAAUUCAUGUUCCGUCGCAAAAGUUCAUGACUUUUUUGACAGGACCGAGGACUUGUUUGGGGAAGGCGAUGUCUUUCAUGCUACUUAAGUUCAUGGUUAGUUCAAUUCUUUGGAACUACAAAUUUGAAAUGGUAGAGGGUCAUGUCGUGAAGCCAACACCAUCCAUGGUACUGUCAAUGAAAGAUGGCUUGAAGAUGAGAGUUUCCAAGAGAAAUUUAUAGUUUCUUGUGAACAAGAACAUGAUCUAGUGGUAACUACCAAUUGAACCUGAAUGUUUCGGAUUCAAAUCUCUCUAGUAGCAGAUAAUAAUGAAAAUAAAUCUAUAUCACCCUUAUAUAAAAAAAGAGAGAUGUCAAUUUUCUUUUUAAUCAAUAUUUAUGGUCUUUAUUAAAUAGAAAUGAGUACGUAUGGGUUGUGAGCUGCAUGGUUGUUACUAGUGUCGUAUUAAAUAAAAUGUGGGCUCCCAUCUGUCUCUUCCUCUCUUGCUUCGUUCCAAGGAGCAGAGUGUAAUAACUAAUAACCGAUGUUUUUGGAAAGUUUUAGCAUAAAG